AUGUACUGGUUUCACAAUAUCCCUUCCCCACAGAAGGAGAUGUCGAAGGCUCAAGGAAUAUACUCGCUCAUCCGCAAAUACAUUAUCAAUGCACAGGUUCUAUAUCUCGAUUUCGAUCCUUCAAAUCCCUCCCACACCCAAGUGCGCAGCGCCUCUAACACUAUGUUCGCCACCGACUUAGCAGUAGUGGAUGCGGCUGGUGCAUCGGCGGCCGAGCACCCACAUCUCUACGUGAUAAGUACUGGAGAACUGGGCUCAAAAGGUAUCCCAGAGAAUGAUCCCAAGUUAGCCCUUCACGACUAUAGGGAAAGACUUAGCGCCGCCGCCACAUGA